UUUAGGCCUGGGCGUAGAGUAUUGACUUACGAGCGUGACAGGUUGCGAAGUAGGUAUAUGCACUAAGUUUUUGCGUGGUGUGUUGCAGAAGAUAUUUGAAACACAAGAAGCAGUUUUUCAAUAUAACGAACUGGACGACAGGGGUAUCUUACUUAAAAAGAUCACAAUGUCAGAUCGUAAGGCGGAACUUGAGAGGAAGAAAGAGAAGCUGAGACUGAUACGUGAAGAAAAAGAACGACGUCGGAGAGAAAAGGAACAAAAAGAUGUCGAGGAAGCUGCUCUACGGACUGCUGUUGGAGGCCUAGGAAUCGAAAAGGACCAACGAAAGGAACUGGAUCAAAUGUUGUCUUCACUAGGAGUGGCACCUGUCUCUGAUGUUCUUUCCAGCCUUUCAAGCAUGUCAAGCCUUACUUCUGAAACAGGAGGCUCCAACAAUGCUCAAGACUCCUCUCAGCAAAAUACAGCACCACCACCCACUUCACACAGGAAACGGGUGCCGCAGCUGAGUGUUGUCAGUGUACAGAGCACGAACAUUCCUCCUAAAGAGAUCGUCACAUAUGCUAAGCAGACACAGACAGCACAUACAGGGCAUGAAAGAGACGGAUGGUCUGCGUCUUCUUCCCCACUCAAAGGCUACUAUGAAGACUGGUGGCGACCACGAAAAGCUCACGCAUUCGACUAUUACGACGAGUACAAUCUAAAUCCUGGUUUAGAAUGGGAAGACGAAUUCACAGCGGAAGACGAGGAGGGUUCGCUGCCGCAUUUGGAAGGUGGAGGACUUUUCCAGAGCAAGCUCCCACCAGGCAUCCUUCCACACGGUCCACGAGUGAAGGAAGUGCAGCCAGCAGUGACAAGCCUUGAGCACGAGGCAACCAAGCAGCAGGAACAAGUGCGUGAAUUGUCAGAAGAAGAGAAACAAAUGAUAAUACUUUCAGAAGACUUCCAAAGAUUUUUUGAUCGUUCUGCUCGUAUAAUGGAAAGAGCAUUGUGUGAAUCCGUAGACAUAUACACAGAUUACACAGGUGUCACAGAUAAUGAAGAAGGAACGGAUGAAAAAUCUAAUGCAAGGCUCUCCCUUAAUCGUUGGUUCUAUGAUGAGCGCUGGUCUCGUAACAGAUGUGUGACUUCAAUGGACUGGUCCCCACAAUUUCCAGAACUUCUUGUUGCAAGCUACCACAAUAAUGAAGAUUCACCCAAUGAUCCAGAUGGCGUAUGCCUCAUAUGGAAUACAAAAUUCAAGAAAAGAACUCCUGAAUACAUAUUCCACUGCCAGUCUCCAGUGAUGUCAUCUAUUUUCGCAAGAUUCCACCCAAAUCUCAUUCUUGGGGGAACCUACUCUGGACAGAUUGUGCUAUGGGAUAAUCGUGUUCAGAAGAGGACACCAAUUCAACGAACCCCAUUGUCAUCAGCAGCUCAUACACAUCCUGUAUAUUGUUUGAGUGUAGUAGGCACUCAAAAUGCCCACAAUCUCAUCAGCGUGUCUACUGAUGGAAGAUUAUGUUCUUGGAGUCUUGACAUGCUGUCAAAGCCACAAGAAACACUGGAACUGCAUCAUAAGCAAGGAAAACCAGUUGCAGCUACUUGCCUUGCAUUCCCACAUGGUGAUGUCAACAACUUUGUUGUUGGCAGUGAAGAAGGAGCUGUAUAUUCAGCAUGUCGGCAUGGCAGUAAGGCUGGAGUUACAGAGUCCUAUGAGGGUCAUCAAGGGCCUGUUACAGGAAUCUCUACUCAUUCAGUGCAAGGAGGCAUAGACUUCUCGCAUCUAUUCCUGACCUCAUCUUUUGACUGGACUGUCAAGUUAUGGAGCCAGCAGGCAACAGAAGGGAAAGAAGGAAAGGACAGGAGACCAUUGUACUCUUUUGAAGACAAUGGUGAUUAUGUGUACGAUGUUGCAUGGUCACCUAUCCAUCCAGCAUUGUUUGCUACUGCUGAUGGUACUGGUCGGCUGGAUCUUUGGAAUCUCAAUCAGGACACAGAGGUACCCACAGCCAGUAUUACAGUAGAUGGAAAUCCUGCUCUCAAUCGUGUUUCUUGGACUCCAUCUGGUUUGCAUGUAACUGUUGGUGAUGAUAUGGGAAAAAUUUGGGUUUUUGAUGUUGGUGAGCAAUUGGCACAACCACGUCUUGAUGAAUGGAGCAAAUUUGUUUAUACACUGCAAGAACUACGCAAUAAUCAAGCUGAUGAUGAUAUUGACAAAUUGAGUGUCAACUCCGGUCCAGGGAGCCUGUCCUCGCUGUCAUCUUCUCCACUCCGUUGAGGAAGUCGGGAGUCUUUCUCGUUCCCAGAAUGUUUUUUUGAAAUUCAACAAGAGGCACCUAUAUGUGCAAUUUUCUGU